AACNGUCUAAUUCCAAAUCCCACUAAGAGUGACAGAGCAUCAAUCGUGGGAGAAGCCAUAGAUUACAUCAAAGAGUUGUUAAGGACGAUCGAUGAGUUCAAACUGCUAGUGGAAAAGAAGAGAAUAAAGCAGCGGAACAGGGAAGGAGAUGAUGUUGUUGAUGAGAACUUCAAGGCUCAAAGCGAAGUGGUUGAACAGAGUUCGAUCAAUAAGAAGAACAAUGCCUUGAGAUGCUCGUGGCUCAAGAGGAAAUCAAAGUUCACUGAGGUUGAUGUACGUAUCAUAGACGAUGAAGUAACGAUAAAGAUCGUGCAGAAGAAGAAAAUCAAUAGUUUGUUGUUCGUAUCUAAAGUCAUUGACCAGCUUCAGCUUGAUCUUCACCAUGUUGCUGGGGCACAGAUCGGUGAACACCACAGCUUCUUGUUCAAUACCAAGAUUUGUGAAGGAUCAAGUGUUUAUGCAAGCGCCAUAGCAGACAGAGUAAUGGAAGUGUUGGAGAAACAAUACGUGGAAGCUCUUUCGAUGAUUAAUGGCUAUCACUGCUACUCCAGUGAUUAAUGCCGUAAUGCGUUUAUCAUAUCUAGCUGGUUAUUACUUUUAAUUAUGGAUGAUUUAAUAAUCACAUUAGUAGUAAUGUUUUCGCACUUUUGUUCUUAGCUGUGUGGGCUUUAGGCUUUAGCUAUGCCUCUGUUUUUCCCCCUUUUUAGGGUUUUUUGAUUCUGUAUGUGAGAGAGAGUGAG